CCCCGCGAGACGCCGCUGGUGCUCGGCUGCGGGGGGAAGGGCCUGUGCUGGCCGGAUCCUAGAGCAGACAAACUUGCGUAGUCUUACCACGGUUCUAGCUUGUCUUGCCUGUGCCUCUCUAUGGACGGCCGGAGGGGAGAAGAGGAAACGGGGAUCGUUGUUGUCGGGACCGCAGCGCCUUUUUCCCAGGGCCUAGCGAUGAUUUAAUCACGGAAAACCGGGGAGCGGGGGGAAGACACGGAGAAGGAGAAAAACGACGGGAGAGGAGAGAGGAGCAGCCUCGCAGCCGUUGGAGAUGUGCGGUCGGGGCCGAGAUUGCGGCGGUAUCCCUGUCUAGGCCUGGACUGAGCAGAUUGUUCUGAGAGGAAACGGAUAACAAACAGGGGAAGUGAACAUGGCUGGGACUUCGGGCUUCUUUUCCAACGGACCUGGCCCGUGGAUGGACAACGACACGGAGAUGAACAACCUGUACCGAGACCUGGAGCUGGGGACAGUACUGACACUGUUUUAUGCUAAGAAGUCCCAACGGCCAGAGAGAAGGACAUUUCAAGUCAAGCUCGAGACCAGGACAAUUAUCUGGACUCGUGGCACGGAUAAAAUAGAGGGAGAGAUCGACAUUCGAGAAAUCAAGGAGAUCCGUACUGGACAGAAGUCACGGGACUUUGAGCGCUAUGUGGAGGACUCGUCGGUGCGGCUGGACCAGACUUACUGCUUUGUCAUUCUGUAUGGCACCGAGUUUCGCCUUAAAUCCCUCAGCCUGUCAGCAACGUCCGAUGAGGAGAUGACCAUGUGGGUGAAGGGGUUAAACUGGCUGGUGGCUGACACACUGAAGUCCCCGACACCGCUCCAGAUAGAGAGGUGGUUACGCAAGCAGUUCUACGCCGUUGAUCGCAACAGAGAAGACAGGAUAUCCUGUAAGGAUCUGAAGAGCAUGCUGAGCCAGGUCAACUACAGGGUGCCCAACAUGAGGUUCCUCCGAGAGAAACUUCCGGACUCAGAGAUGAGGAACGGAGACGUGUCCUUCAGCCAGUUUGCCCAGCUCUAUCGCAGUCUCAUGUUUGAUGCUCAGAAAAACAUGGAGAUCCCGUUUCUACAGAGGUUCAUUGACAGACCAGAACAGAGAAUCUCCCUAGAGGACUUCAAGAGCUUCCUUCUGGAGUCUCAAAAGGAAAUGUGGGCCACAGACAAGAACAAGGUUCAGGAGUUUAUGUUCGGCUACCUGAAAGACCCCCUGAGAGAAGUGGAGCAGCCUUAUUUCCACCAGGACGAGCUCCUGACAUACUUGUUCUCCAAAGAGAACACCAUCUGGGAUUGCACCCUGGACCAAGUGUGUCCUGAAAACAUGAAAAACCCCCUGUCCCACUACUGGAUCUCCUCUUCGCACAACACUUACCUGACGGGAGACCAGUUUUCCAGCGAGUCGUCCCUGGAGGCAUACGCUCGAUGUCUGAGGAUGGGCUGCCGCUGUAUUGAAUUGGACUGUUGGGACGGUCCAGAUGGAAUGCCAGUCAUCUACCACGGACACACCCUCACAACAAAGAUCAAGUUCUGCGAUGUCUUGAACACCAUCAAAGAACACGCUUUCGUCACAUCCGAGUAUCCCAUCAUCCUGUCCAUUGAGGAUCACUGUAGUAUUGUCCAGCAGAGGAAUAUGGCCACUCACUUUAAGAAGGUGUUUGGAGAUAUGCUGCUGACCAAGGCGGUGGAUAUCGCAGCAGAUGGCCUGCCCUCACCCACCCAGCUCAAGAGGAAGAUCCUCAUCAAGCAUAAGAAGCUCGCAGAAGGCAGUGCCUAUGAGGAGGUGUCCACCUCCACUCCCUACUCAGAGAACGAUAUCAGCAACUCCCUCAAAAACGGCAUCCUGUACCUGGAGGACCCCAUCAACCAUGAGUGGUACCCUCAUUUCUUUGUCCUGACCAGCAGUAAGAUCUAUUACUCAGAAGAGACCUCCAGUAACCAGUUGAACGAUGAUGAGGAGGAGCACAGAGAGGUGUCCAAUGGCAUGGACCAGCACGUGACAGAGAAAUGGUUCCAUGGGAAGCUGGGCGCAGGGCGGGACGGGCGGCAGAUAGCCGAAAGGCUCCUGUCUGAGUACUGCCUGGAGACUGGAGCUCCUGAUGGCUCCUUCCUAGUCCGAGAGAGUGAGACCUUUGUGGGAGACUACACACUGUCUUUCUGGCGUUCAGGGCGCGUGCAGCACUGUCGUAUUCACUCCCGUCAAGAGGCAGGCAGCCCAAAGUUCUACCUGACUGACAACCUGGUGUUCGACACCCUCUUUGCCCUAAUCAACCACUACCAGCAGGUGGCGCUGCGCUGCAACGAGUUUGAGAUGAAGCUCACUGAGCCCGUGCCUCAGACCAAUGCCCACGAGAGCAAAGAGUGGUACCAUGCCAACCUCUCUCGGAGCCAUGCAGAGAACAUGCUGAUGAGGGUUCCUCGUGACGGGGCUUUCCUUGUCAGGAAGAGGGCAGAACCCAACUCGUUCGCCAUUUCCUUCAGGGCCGAGGGUAAAAUUAAGCACUGUCGCGUGCAGCAGGAGGGUCAGAACGUGGUGCUGGGCACCUCAGAGUUUGAAAGUCUUGUAGAUCUCAUCAGCUACUAUGAGAAGCACCCUCUGUACCGCAAAAUGAAGCUGCGCUAUCCCAUCAAUGAGGACACACUGGAGAAAAUAGGCACUGCUGAGCCAGACUACGGGUCACUGUAUGAGGGCAGGAAUCCAGGCUUUUACGUGGAGGCCAAUCAAAUGCCUACAUUUAAGUGCACGGUGAAAGCCAUGUACGAGUAUAAAGCCCAAAGGGACGAUGAGCUCUCCUUCACAAAGAACGCCAUCAUCUCUAAUGUGGACAAACAGGAAGGAGGAUGGUGGAAGGGUGACUGUGGCGGGAAGAAGCAAUUUUGGUUUCCUGCUAACUACGUGGAAGAGAUCAGUCCAUCAACAGCGGAGCCCGACAGAACUCAGGAGAUGACAGAGAACAGCCCUCUGGGAGAUCUGCUGAGAGGAAGUGUGGAUGUCUCUUCCUGUCAGAUUGUCCAGCGCCCCGACGGGAAAGGCACCAGGCCUCACGUCUUCUCUCUGGUGCCGACUAACUCUCUACGGACGGGCAUGGUGCUGGACGUCGCUGCCAGCAGUGCAGAAGAACUUAAGGAGUGGGUGCUCAAGAUCCGUGAGGUCACUGUGACCUCAGAGGCCAAGCUGGAGGAGGGGAAGAUGAUGGAGAGGAGGAAGAAGAUUGCACUGGAGUUAUCCGAACUGGUCAUCUACUGUAGGCCUGUGCCGUUUGAUGAAGACAAAAUUGGCACAGAGCGAGCCUGUUUCCGGGACAUGUCAUCCUUUCCCGAGACCAAGGCAGAGAAGUACGUCAAUAAGAUCAAGGGAAAAAAGUUCCUGCAGUACAAUCGACUACAGCUGUCCAGGAUCUACCCCAGAGGCCAGAGACUAGACUCCUCUAAUUACGACCCUCUGCCCAUGUGGCUCUGUGGGUCCCAGCUGGUAGCACUCAACUUCCAGACAGCAGACAAGCCCAUGCAGAUGAACCAGGCCCUGUUCAUGCUGAACGGAAAGAGCGGCUACGUCCUUCAGCCACCCAUCAUGAGGGACGAUAACUUUGAUCCCUUUGACCGACACACGCUCCGAGGCCUCGAACAAGUCACUCUAGAGAUAGAGGUUUUGGGCGCCCGGCACCUACCCAAGCACGGACGAGGCAUCGUUUGUCCUCUGAUUGAGAUUGAGGUGUGUGGGGCGGACUAUGACAGUGCCAAGCAAAAAACUGACUCAGAAGCUGAUAACGGUCUGAACCCCACAUGGCCCCGAAAGCCGUUCCAGUUCACAGUGUGCAACUCUGCCUUUGCCUUCCUGCGUUUUGUGGUUUAUGAGAUAGACAUGUUCAACGACCAAAACUUCCUGGCUCAGGCCACAUUCCCCAUCCACAGCCUGAAGACAGGCUACCGGUCAGUACCUCUGAAGAACAGCUACAAUGAGGAUCUGGAGUUGGCUUCGUUGUUAGUCCACAUGGACAUAAGCAGAGGAAGGGAUGAAAAUGGAGAGGUUCUGAGCCCGUUCCUCGCAGUCGGGGCCACAUCAGUGGCGGCAUCGGCCCAAGCUGGGCGGGAACGUUUGGGGGAUAUGAGCUCAGUGUCGUCGACUUCCUCCAACAUGUCUCCUCUGCCCCAGUCGCCAGCCCAGGCCAUGGCCUACAGAGGGAGAGAGGGCUCCUUUGAAUCCCGCUACCAGUCGCCUCUAGAGGACUUCAGGGUGUCCCAGGAAGCCCUGUUGGACCACAUGGACCCACAGAACAGAAGGAUGUUGCGGAGGACCAGAGUGGGCGGAGAGAACCGUGUCUAAGUCCAAGCCAAUCAGGACGCAUUUCUGUUGCACCCCUAGCCGCCCCCACCCUCUCUCCCCCCACCCA